AGUCAGGCUGCGAACCUUGUUACUCCCUUUGACGCUAACUUCCAGUCACUCAAAACCACCUACGCUCGGCGGACAUCUUUACUUCGGGAAGGCCUCUCCGUGACUUUCUGCUUUUCGCUGCCGACGCCAGGCCGCGGUACUGUCCCUGUGGUCUCCCUUCCGUCACUUCCGGCGAGCCUCUCGCGGGUUCUGGGUUUUGGAGCGGCGGCCUCGACCGUGUAGAGGGAGCUCAGGGCUUCUAUUGUAAGAUUCACGAAGAGAAGCGGCGUCACCGAGUGCCGUCAGUCAUGUUCUCCUUCAACAUGUUUGACCACCCGAUUCCCCGGGUCUUCCAGAACCGCUUCUCCACGCAGUACCGCUGCUUCUCCGUGUCCAUGCUCGCAGGGCCUAAUGACAGGUCAGAUGUGGAGAAAGGAGGGAAGAUAAUUAUGCCGCCCUCAGCCCUGGAUCAGCUCAGCCGGCUCAACAUUACCUAUCCUAUGCUGUUUAAACUGACCAAUAAGAAUUCAGACCGAAUGACACACUGUGGUGUACUGGAGUUUGUUGCUGAUGAAGGCAUCUGUUACCUCCCCCACUGGAUGAUGCAGAAUUUGCUGUUGGAAGAGGGGGGCCUGGUUCAGGUGGAGAGUGUCAACCUUCAGGUGGCUACCUACUCCAAGUUCCAGCCUCAGAGCCCGGACUUCCUGGAUAUCACCAACCCUAAAGCAGUAUUAGAAAAUGCAUUGAGAAACUUUGCCUGUCUGACCACUGGAGAUGUGAUUGCUAUCAACUACAAUGAGAAGAUCUAUGAACUGCGGGUGAUGGAGACCAAACCUGACAAGGCUGUGUCCAUUAUUGAAUGUGACAUGAAUGUGGAUUUUGAUGCUCCCUUGGGCUACAAAGAACCAGAAAGACCAGUACAGCAUGAGGAGUCAAUAGAGGGAGAAGCUGACCACAGUGGCUAUGCUGGAGAAGUGGGCUUCCGUGCCUUCUCUGGUUCUGGGAAUCGACUGGAUGGAAAGAAGAAAGGGGUUGAGCCCAGUCCCUCCCCCAUCAAGCCUGGAGACAUUAAGAGAGGGAUUCCUAAUUACGAAUUUAAGCUUGGUAAGAUCACUUUCAUCAGAAAUUCACGUCCAUUGGUCAAAAAGGUUGAAGAGGAUGAAGCUGGGGGCAGGUUUGUUGCUUUCUCUGGAGAAGGACAGUCGCUGCGGAAGAAGGGGAGAAAGCCUUAAGUCCAAACUGUCGGCUGGCUGGAAAAUAAAGAUCGUUUGCAACACA